AUGACAUUCCUUCAGAAGUCUUCACACAGCAAUUUUGGUAUUCCAUUGAGCAACUCGUUACGGAAGGUUGAUGCAGCAGAAAUAUCAAAAGCAUACUGCUACCAGGUAAUUUGCAAAGGCGAACUCAAGUGGCCCGAUAAAAUUAUGCUUAAUAAUGAAGACAAAAGCAAGAUAGAGAUGCUGUGCAAAAGCUUUGAAGAACUUGUGACAGAGAAGCACAUCCAAUCCUCGUAUGAAAAGGAACAUGACAAACGUGCAGCUUCUGAUGUCCGUAGAUCACCAUUACCUAAGCACUUCUUCUCUUUCCCUUUACCUUCGCUACAUUGGCGUUUCAUCACGAUAAGCAUCAAAUCGCUUGUCUCAUUCUUGUUUCCUGGUACGCCUCUUAAAGGCUAUAUGAAUCAACUCGAGAAGUUUCACCAAGUGUUCAGCUCCAAAACGAUGGGAUUUAAAAGGGAAAGCAAAAGAAGAGAAGACCAUCAAAACCAUCGGUUGACUUUGAAGGACUUCGAUUAUGCCGAAAUCGAAGCUGGUUAUAGGCCCUGCUUCAUUGAUCCUAGGAGAGAAGGCGUCUUCACAGCAGCGAUCGGGUUGGACGUUGAGAAGCAUCAAGUGCGAAGCUGUUCUACCAAAGAGUACUAUCACAUGACUGAUAGCACCAGAUACUCUGCAAAGCUAGAGAAGAAGAAAGAUGUUAAAAUCAAGGGCAUCGAAACACUUGGAGACUUGUUUUCUUUCUACGGUGAUGGCACUGCCGAAGAUCGAUUCCAUAUGUACCAAGAACGGAAACGUGCUGCCGACAAAAUGGUAAACAUGCUUAUCAAUGCCAGUACAAAGUAUAAUCUGGAUCUCAGAUUGAAGAAGAGAGAAGAGAGAAGAACAAAACAAGGUCUCAAAGAAGAAGAAGAAUGGCAAGAUGGCUUUAAAAAGACGACGGAAAAAAAAGGAGAAAGGAUAGCAGAGAAAAAGAGUAUAAAAGAAGAUACAUUAGAAAUUAGUGUUGAACUGAAGAUGAAAGACAGUGCAUCAAACGCCAAAUGGAAGCCCGAACCCUUCAAUGUGGAUGAUAAAAAAAAAGCCUCUCAUCGUGUUCGGGUAAUGGCAUAUUUGUCACCGAUGCGGGUAGGUGUUUUGAGGCGUGCGCUUAAGCGACGCGAAGCAGCCGGAGACCUGCUAGUACUAGAAAUCGAUGAAUUCGAGACGUUUAGAAUAUGCUCGUGCUGUUCCAACGAUAUUUUGGAGAGGUUGAAAGGCGUCCAGACCUAA